AUGCAAGUGUUGAACUUAAUACGUGAGUUUGAGCUACAAAGAAUGAAGGAGUCCGAGACAGCCAAACAAUAUGCUGACAAAUUGCUUGGAAUUGUCAACAAGAUAAGAUUACUUGGCUCAGAAUUUCCAGAUUCAAGAAUUGUGCAAAAAAUUCUUGUAACAAUGCCUGAAAAAUAUGAAGCCUCUAUAGCAUCUUUGGAGAACACAAAGGAUCUGCCACAGAUCUUGGCAGAAGUUUUACAUGCCCUACAAGCACAAGAACAAAGAAGAAUGAUGAGACAAGAGGUGGCAGUAGAGGAUGCUUUUCUAGCAAACAACUCACAAGGAGGAAGGGAUGAGAAGUAUAACAAAACGAAACAGUAA